AAACACACACACAGAGAGGCUUUUACUUUGAAAUCAACUUUAUCCCAGACGCUCGCGUGGAGCGACGCGUUCCCCUGGGAGGGAGGCUGGGCUCGAGACAGCCUGUCGAUCACAUUGAGAAGAAGAGAAAUGAGAAGUGAAGAAUGACCGUCUGGUGAUGUUACCUGAGUGUGUCACUUAGAUAACUUUGUUAGUACUUAAGUUAGUCCUAAAGUAUGGAAAGAUUUUCAAACUAAAGUUGCUGCUCCAACUUCAGGACCGGCGGCUGUCCGGUCACCGGUGGUCCCGGUGUCUGUGAGGAGAUCCAUGAGCCUCCGGUGGACGGUAGAUGACUUGUUUAAUGCACUCUGCAGGGGGACGUGAACUAUGGCCUGGCGAGCGUGGUCAAAACUCUGCUGUGGUCAAAAGUGGCUACUCCUCUUCUCCCCCCUCUUCCUCCUCUUCCUCACGAUCUCUGUGAUGACGUUGACUCUCCCCCUUCCUUUGCCGCGCGCUGACAUUGACUGGCGGUCGUCCCGGGCCCUGAGCUCCGCCGGGGAGUUCAGAUCCAGGCCCAGAGUCGUGGAGCCCCAUCCGGCCGCUGCCUUCCAGCAGCCGCUCGCUCGCAUCCACAGCGGGGCCUGGAAAUCCAGCACUCUGAAAGAGACGUCUAAACAUUCAGUGGCACCGAAACCUUUCGGGGACGCCGCUGGCGAUGACAAAAACAGCAUCAAAGAGAGAAGUCACGCAGGCUUGCGCAGGAAUAAACAGAAAAACAAAGGCAUCGCUUCCAAAAGGAAAGAGACGGCGGGCGCCAUCCAGCAUCCAACCAGUCAUCACGGUCCCCAUCUCCCAGAGUUUACAGUCAACAACGCAGGGCCAAAGCAUAGAAUUAAGCUAAGCAACCACAGCGCUGUGGUAAAGCACACUGCUCAGACCUACAUUCAUCUUGAAAGGAGCAAAUCCACAGCGGCACAUAUCCCCGCCGCAGCAGAUAGCCUAAUAAAUGGCAGACGAGCUGCAGACAGACAGGCAGGCAGAUGGGACAGGAAUGCACACACACAAAUACAUGGCAGCCAUACAAGUGCAAAGCUCGCUGAACAUCACCAGGCUUUGGAAAAACACAGACAAGCAACAAGGCACUCUGGGAAAUCUGACAAAGUCGGUAAGGAGCAGCCGGCUGUGAAAAAGCCCUCCAGGGAUCUAAAGAAACACCAUAAUCUCUCCGAGGAUCCCUCCGAAGAGAGGAAGAAUCCUGGGUCGCUGGACCGUAGAAAGGCUUUGUCCAAACCAGAGGCAGCCGUAAAGAAAGAUGACGGCGGCUGGUGUCGGAGCUUUAGAGACCAGGACUUCCCAGACACUGACCACAGGAGGGUCAGGAUUAGUUCAGAUCUCCGGCCUCUUCCCUGGCUCAGCGAGGAUGACGUCCAGAAGAUGGAGCUCCUAGCUGAGGGCGAGGUGGUCAGUAAGGCCAGGGUGCCUGCACAUGGUCAGGUGCUCCAGGUAGCGCUGGAUCCUCCCGCUCACCAGCAGAAGAGGGGUUCCCCUGAGCAUGGACCUGGCCUCAGACAUCCAGAAACCCACAGUGAGCGCUGCCAGCAGGGUCGCUGUUCCCUGAUCAAACGCACCGACGACUGGUUUGAGGUGUUAGCCUUCCACCUGGACAGGGUGCUGGGACUCAACAGGAGUCUCCCUGCGGUGCUGAGGACUUUCCACAGUGACAUUUUACCGUAUCGAUACACCAGCGGUACCCCCAGACCUGUAGUGUGGUGGGAUCCAGAUAUUCAGCACCUGGCUGAUGGAGACAACGACCAGAACUCGGUGCCGCUCAGCUGGGUCCAGUACCAGAAGCUGCUGCAGGCCCACUGUGGGAGUGAAGCAGACCUGAGAUCAGCGCCCUGUGUGGGAGUUCACCACUCAGAGUGGGGGAGACUGGCUCUCUUUGACUUCCUAUUACAGGUGAACGACCGGCUAGACAGGUACUGCUGUGGCUUCACACCUGAUCCGACAGAGCUGUGUGUGGAGAAUCUGCUGCACGCUAAGUGUAGCAACACCAAGAACCUGCUGCUGGUUCACAUCCUGGUGAGGAAGGCCGAUCCCUCCAGACUGGUGUUCAUAGACAACGCCGGCAGACCAGAGCAGUCCACCAACAACCUCAACUUCAGGCUGGUUGAGGGCAUUGAUGAGUUUCCAGAGAGAGCGGUGUCGGUGCUCCAGUCAGGCUGUCUGGGGAGUCUUCUUCUACGCUCCCUUUACACAGACCGGGAAUUCUGGGACAGCCAAGGCGGGGCCAGCGGUCUCAGGCCUCUCCUCCACGCUGUAGAGCACAGAGGGAAGGUUCUCCUCCAGCACAUCAGAGACAAGAAACUACAGCUCAACAGGGACCUGUGACUGAGCUGAGCCAACCAAAACAACUUAAACACAUCAUUCACAUCAGAAAAUGCGGUGCUGGAAUACGGAAAAUCUGCAUGCAAAUUUUCUGCAGGACAACUAUGCAUGCAUUGUUCCAUUUUCGUCACAAGAAAAAUGUAAUAUCCCUUAUUUUAAAUAGUUCCCGUGUCCACUCCACACAACAAAAACACAAUACAUAAACUAAUCGGAUCCCAGAUUUGAUGUGAACGCUAGCUGUUGUGGCUAUCCCCGUUCUGUGACCAACAUUUACCGAUAGCAUCAGCUAAAUUACCAUCUUCAUCGUAUCUCAGCUGCUGGGCGAUCUCAAGCCACAUACUGUCCUUUAUUUGGUUGUUGAGGUAGUCAUCGCUGUGUUUCUCGUAUAAUAUCAGGUGUUGAGAGAUCAAAUCGAUGAAGACAUUCCCUCGUUUUGGCAGGAAGCUAUCUGGAGCUAUACCUGGAGGUAUGAGACACGACUUGGAACAAAGAAUUUCAUUGGUCAAACACAUAUUUCCGCAGGCGGAAAUAUGAAAUGCAUGGAAUGGUACAGCUAAUCCGGGAGCAUAGCUGACAAGCUUGGAUGUCCAAACCAAAACACCCAGGGUCCAUGGACCAAUCUAUUAUGGCGUUUUAAAACCCAACAGUGGUGAUAAUAUAGCUUAAAGUCCAACUGAAAUCACAAAAGUCAUCCCAUUACCAGUCAAACAUCUUGUCAAAAGUGAUUUUCAAAUGUGUUAUCAAUAUUUUUAU